CCGGCUCUGGCAGCCGGCCCGGAACUCUGUCCUGCCCCUUCACUGUGACUCUGCAAAACACCGGGGCGGAGGCCGUGACGAUGACGAUGGCCGGGCAAGGAGGAAGUAGAGGGGUACGGCUGGGCGCUGCGCUGCUCGGGGCAGAGCGCAGGGCUCGGCUGAGCACGGCAGAGGAAAGCCAAGGCCGGCCGGCAGCCACAGCCAUGGCAGAGUCCGAGGACAGGAGCAUCCACACCCAGCACAUCUCGGCCGUGCACAACGUGCCCAUGCGGGUCCUCAUCCGGCCCAUCCCGUCAGAGCUGGAGCCGGAAAAGGUGCAGAGCCUGAUGGAGACCCUGCAGGAGGAUCCCGAGCGGGUGCCCCCCAUCGACGUGCUCUGGAUCAAAGGCAGUGAGGGCGGCGAUUAUUUCUACUCCUUCGGGGGCUGCCACCGCUAUGCUGCCCACCAGGCACUCCGCCGGGAGACCAUCCCCGCCAAGAUCAUCCCCUCCACCCUCAGCGACCUCCGUACCUACCUCGGCUCCUCCACGCCUCACCUGCGCUAGCCCAGCAUCCCGAGGAUGCCCAGCAGCCCCUUCUAUCCCUGUUGGUUCCGACCCGUGAGCCCUUUAUGAGGAUGUGGUCGGCGUCCCCAGCCCUGGGGAGUCACCAUGGUCCCUCCAGCCGGGAUGAGGUGCGGGUCCCCCAGACUCGGAGGGUCCCCGGGUCCCGGCAGCCGGGAUGGCUCAGGAUUCCCCAGACUCGGAGUGUCCCCGGGUCCCGGCAGCCGGGAUGGCUCAGGAUUCCCUAGACUUGGAGGAUCCCCGGGUCCCGGAAGCCGGGUUGGGUCGGGCUCUCGCCGGUACCGGGAGGCGCCCAGCGGGGCCGGCAGGUGGCGCUGUUGUGCCGCGCUGCGCCGCCCGGAGCGACCGCACGAACCGGGACGGGACGGGACGAACCGGGACGAACCAGGACGGGAUGAACCGGGACGGGACGAGCCGGUUUGGGUGGGAUAAACGGGAGCACGGCGCAAUCGGGAAUAGCUGAACCGUGAUGGAACAGGCUAAACCGGGGCACGGCUCAACCGGGAAUAGCUGAACCGGGAUGGAAUGGGUUUAACCGGGGCAUGGCUCAAGCGGGAAUGGCGGAACCGGAGCACACUGGAACUGGGACGAGUCACAGCUCAUUCGGGGCACAGCUGAACCGGGAAGGGGUACAGGCGAACUGGGACACGACAGAAUCAGGACGCAGAGAAGAGACCUGGCAUGGCCAGUCCCCAGCUCUCCCUCAGGGACUCUGUGCUCACCAGUGUCCCAGUCUCCAUGGGGGACAUCCCCAAAAUCCUGUGGUGGGGACAGCCGCUGCUGCACCUGGAAUAAAGAUUAUCAAAACUUC